GGGACCCAUGAAGACCCCAAAGGCUGCUGCAGACACCCACUGCCUCCUUGCAACAUGGCAUUCCUCCUUCAUGGCCCUCUCCUCCUCCUGCUGGUCUUCAUCCAUGGGAGUUCAGUCCUGGGUUCGGAGAUCGUAGGAGGAAGGACCGCUGUACCUCAUUCACGCCCAUACAUAGCAUCUCUGCAGCAGCGCAGCCACUUCUGUGGGGGAACCCUGAUCCAUCCUAGGUUUGUGAUGACUGCAGCCCACUGUCUAAGUGACAAGAACCCUGGGAGCAUUCAGGUGGUGUUGGGGGCCCACAACAUUCGCAGUCUAGAACCCACACAGCAGAGGCUGCGUGUUCAAAGAGUCUUCGAGAACGGCUUCAACCCUCAGACCCUGCAGAAUGACAUUGUGAUUCUUCAGUUGGAAGGCACAGCCAAUAUCAAUGCUAACGUCCAGGUGGCCCGGCUCCCCCAGCAAGGCCAGAACGUGGGAGCAGGAACCCAGUGCCUGGCCAUGGGAUGGGGGCAAUUGAGCAACAACAGGGGUCCGCCUGCCCAGCUGCAGGAGCUCAACGUGACUGUCGUCACCAGGCUCUGCCCCUCUGGCAACCUUUGCACGCUUGUACCCCGACGCCGCUCUGGGAUCUGUUUUGGAGAUUCUGGAGGACCCUUGGUCUGUAAUGGAGUAGUCCAUGGCAUCGACUCCUAUGUUCGAGGAGGCUGUGCCUCCGGCUUCUACCCUGAUGGCUUUGCCCCAGUCUCCCAGUUCAUCCGGUGGAUUAACUCCAUAAUACGCCGUCGCAAACACUAUGCUCACUGGUCCUGGAGAAGGAUAGCCACCCGGAGGGAGAAGCUUUUCUAACCCACUUGCCCUCUCCCCAUCAUGCUGCUGCAUAUGUAUGUAUACUUUCCCAUACUACAAGUGAAACAAUAAACAAUAAAAUUGCCUCCCAAUCAUCCUUUCCAGCUGA